UGUGAAAGAGAUAUUUUUUUUCCCUCUCUAUUUAGGAAGAUGCUACCAAGUAUUUCCGUCAAUUCCCAAGGACAGGGAAAUGGUACCUUGAAUCCCAGGGAUGCCGCAAGACACACUGCCGGAGCAAAGCGCUACAAGUACUUGAGAAGGCUUUUUCGUUUUCGGCAGAUGGACUUUGAGUUUGCUGCCUGGCAGAUGCUUUAUUUGUUCACUUCUCCACAGAGGGUUUAUAGGAACUUUCAUUAUCGGAAACAGACAAAGGAUCAGUGGGCCAGAGAUGACCCUGCUUUCUUAGUCCUUUUGAGUAUCUGGCUGUGUGUGUCCACUAUAGGAUUUGGCUUUGUGUUGGACAUGGGAUUUUUUGAGACAAUAAAACUACUCCUUUGGGUUGUAUUCAUAGAUUGCAUAGGUGUUGGUCUUCUCAUAUCAACCUUAAUGUGGUUCAUCUCUAACAAGUAUUUAGUAAAACGACAAAGUAGAGAUUAUGAUGUAGAGUGGGGCUAUGCCUUUGAUGUGCAUCUGAAUGCUUUCUAUCCCCUCCUAGUCAUUUUACAUUUUAUCCAGCUUUUCUUCAUCAAUCAUGUUAUCGUAACAGACACAUUUAUUGGAUAUUUUAUUGGAAAUACUUUAUGGCUGAUUGCAGUUGGCUAUUAUAUCUAUGUCACCUUUCUUGGAUACAGUGCACUGCCAUUUUUGAAAAAUACAGUGAUUCUUCUCUAUCCCUUUGCACCACUCAUACUACUCUAUGGACUCUCACUAGCACUAGGCUGGAACUUUACUCACAUGCUGUGUUCUUUCUACAAAUACAGAGUAAAAUGAAAAGUGAGAAUAUUGAGUCUUAACUGUCUCAACAGAGUUGAUGAAGUGGUAGAAAUUGCUUGUAAAGUUUGUAAAUAAAUUAUCAUUGUAGAUAUCUUAAAGGUGUGAAGUUUACAAAUUUGAGGAUAUAUGUGAACAUUAUUGUCAAAUACAUUCCUUAUAUCUAAUGAAAUGUACAUUUCUGUAAUAAAUAUUUUUUAAACUAAAA